AUGUCGUCCUCUCUCCGCCCUCUCAUCCCAAUCCGCAGCGCUGGCCGCUCCUUCUCCACCACCCCACCCCACCACGCCUCCAUCCUCUUCGCCCUGGGCGCCCUGAGCAACAGCCGCGAAACACAACACUUCAACAACAUCUCCCGUCUGGACCGCGUCGAGCACUCCCCGACCCUAAAGCUCAUCAAGACCAGCGAAAUCGAUCCUUACCCUCUCCCGACCCCUCCUCAACCCGCCGCCCCGCUUCCCCGCCAUGGCUCGAGAGCAACCUCCGCAGCAGCGAUCUGGGACAGCAAAGCUCUCCAGGCCGGCAGAGCCAUCCUAAGCGAUAACGCACGCCAUCUGAGCCGCAUGGCACGUACCAUUGAGCGGACAAAGAGACGGGAGAUGAAGAUGAAACAUAUCCGGCAGUCUGAACUCGCUGCUUGGGCACAGGAGAGGCAGAAGAUGAGAGCUGAGCAGAGGAGUGCAGGGAUCUUGAUUCUCGCGAGCGUGGCGACGGCGACUGGAUUGGCGAUGUGGAGGCUUUGGCCAGAGGGCGGGCAGGCUGCCAGGGAUAGUGGGGAGAUGGGAAGGAGGAUUGCGGAGAGAGCGAGGAGGAGUAUACCGUUGCCUGCGACGGGGAGUGCGGCUGUGCCGGUUGCUGCUGGGGCGGCGGUGGCGGCUGAGAGCUUGCCGGUGACGGGCGUGAGUACGCCGAUUGUGCCUGAGAUGGCUGCGGUUGCUGCUGAGCCGGCGAUGAGCUGGAGCUGGACGGUGAAGAAUAUGCUCUGGAAGGUACAGUGA